AACUCUGCGUGUUGGGAAGGGAGAGUGGUGGCAUAAAGCCAUAAAGCAAGUCUCUCGUACCAUUGUAAUCGCCAUUCAUUCUUUUCACUUCACUUCCUUCCAAUCUCUUCUUCUUCUUCUGCCCAACUCCGACUAGAUCUCCUACUUCCCCUAUCAGCUAAACGCCGUCGUGUAGCUCCACACACCCCUACACCCAAAGCCCUAGUCUUUCACAACCCCAUUCCCAAUCCAACCCAAAAUUGAAUUCAAUCCCAGAAAAACCCCAAUCGAACAAUCCCCAAUUGGGCUGUACAUGCAUGCACUCAAGCCCUAAUUGAAUUGCACAACAACCAGGCUCUGCCCACUUUCCCUAAAGUUUUGAUCUUUUUUUGGGGGAUUAGAAUCAAUGGAGGACGAUUGCCUGGGCAGCGAUGAGGAGUUCUAUACCUCCGAUCAGGAAGACGAUUACUCUAUCGAAGGCCUCGAGGAGUCCAUCGAUGGCCUUGAAAACGAGGACUCUGAUACUCCCUGGAUUCCCCCUAAGGGCACCACAACUAAGGUGAUUACUAAAGAAUCUCUUUUGGUGGCACAGAAGGAGGAUUUGCGUAGAGUGAUGGACUUGCUAUUUCUGAGGGAGCACCAUGCCCGAACUUUACUCAUCCAUCACCGGUGGGAUGUUGAGAAGCUUUUUGCAGUGCUUGUAGAGAAGGGAAGAGCUUUCUUGUUUGCAGAAGCAGGUGUAUCCGUAGUUGAACAUCAAGAUAGUGAACCACUGCUGCCUUCUCCCACAAUAAUGUGUGCUAUUUGUAUAGAGGAUGUACCUAGUAAUGAGGCAACUAAAAUGGACUGUGGACAUUGCUUUUGCAACGGCUGUUGGACAGAGCAUUUUGUUGUGAAGAUAAAUGAUGGGCAAAGUAAGCGCAUUAGGUGCAUGGCUCACAAAUGUAAUGCCAUUUGUGAUGAAGCCGUUGUUAGAAAUCUAGUUAGCAAGAGCCACCCCAAUCUUGCAGAGAAAUUUGAUCGGUUUCUUCUAGAGUCAUACAUUGAGGAUAAUAAAAGGGUUAAGUGGUGCCCAAGCACUCCUCAUUGUGGAAAUGCAAUAAGAGUGGAGGAUGAUGAAUUUUGUGAGAUUGAAUGUUCUUGCGGUCUUCAGUUUUGUUUUCGUUGUUCAUCACAAGCCCACUCACCUUGUUCAUGUUUGAUGUGGGAGCUUUGGGCCAAGAAAUGCCGAGAUGAAUCUGAGACAGUUAAUUGGAUCACAGUCCAUACUAAACCUUGUCCUAAGUGUCACAAACCUGUAGAGAAGAAUGGUGGCUGCAACCUUGUGAGUUGUAUCUGUGGGCAAGCAUUUUGUUGGCUUUGUGGUGGAGCUACUGGCCGAGACCAUACAUGGUCAAGUAUUGCAGGUCAUAGCUGUGGGCGAUACAAAGAAGACAAAGAGAAAAACGCUGAGCGGGCAAAGCGAGAUCUUUAUCGGUAUAUGCACUAUCACAACCGUUAUAAAGCUCAUACUGAUUCAAUCAAGCUUGAAAGUAAGUUGAAGGAGACUAUACAAGAGAAGGUAUCAAUUUCAGAAUUGAGGGAAUCGAAGAACAGAGAUUUCAGCUGGGUAACGAAUGGACUCUCCAGACUUUUUAGGUCAAGGCGGGUUCUUUCAUAUUCAUAUCCUUUUGCAUUUUAUAUGUUCGGUGAGGAGCUGUUUAAGGAUCAGAUGACAAAGGAGGAAAGGGAAAUAAAACAAAAUUUGUUUGAGGACCAGCAGCAGCAGCUUGAGGAAAAUGUUGAAAAACUGUCCAAGUUUUUGGAGGAGCCAUUUGAUAAUUAUGACGAGGAUAAAGUUAUGGAAGUAAGGAUGCAAGUGAUCAAUCUCUCAGUAGUCACAGACAAACUCUGUCAGAAAAUGUAUGAUUGUAUUGAGAAUGAUUUAUUGGGUUCUGUGCAACUCGGUAUCCACCACAAUAUAGCUCCUUACAGGUCAAAGGGCAUAGAGAAGGCAUCAGAACUCCAUUGUGGAACAAAUGGAGGAUCAAUGGAACCAGAACAUCCCUCAGGUUCUGGAAGUUCAUUUGAGAGUGGCUGCUCUUCUCGGAAGCGUGCAAGGAAGGAGGGUUCUGGAGGUGGCUUUUUUGAUCUGAACUUGCCAGCAGAGGUCGUUGACAGAAACUGAUUCUGAUUCGUGCAAGUUGCAAAGCUUCAUUAAAAAAGGUGUACAGUCUCUAACAUAAGGCCCUCCUUUUCAAUGACAGUGUCAUUAUUUCUGGAUCAAAUACCGAAGUGCAGUUAUGUUUUUCCCCAAUCAUAUCUUUUUGGUCGCCUCGUAUAUAUAAUUCUUUGGGGCUUUCGGGGGCGCUUGAUUUGUAGAUUUUCCAAUUCAAAAGCAAUAAUGGUAUGUUGGGGAGAAACAUUCAAAUUUUUGGAGCCAGUUAAUAAUAGAACUGUUAACAUUUUGUCUUAUUUCAGAUUAAUUCUAAUGGUUACUUUUGGUGUUUUGCUCUUAUGCCCUAAUAUUUUGUUGACAAAGUCUCGGGAAUUGUUGUAUAUUUUGUAUUUGAAUUGAAAAAGUUGCACAUGUCUGUAUCAUUGGUAGCCAAUAUCAUGUAAUAGCUCCAUCUGUGUUAGCGGUGGCUUCCAUGUACAAAACCCUUAAGUGCUUGAAUGUUGAACAUAAUUAGUAA